UCAGUCAGUCUCCUUGGGCUGGUGCAACUGUGAAAAUGUGCGGACCGUGUCGGUUGUGAAAGCCUUGAUUAUUUCCAUAUAUAUUUUAUUUUUCGUUUCACAUUUCGCUUAAUUUGUUUACGCGUACCUCGUUCGCUCGUUUGUUCGCUGGUUCUCGUCUGGUGUGAAUAAUAAACUCAAAUCGCAGAUACUUUGUGUGACGCAGCAGCUCAAUCAAAGUGUGGAAUCACUUAAACGGCUUUAAUUGUGCGUGGGCCAAGCCCCACUGAAUAAUCUCGAAAAAACGCUCGUUAGAUUGGCCAUCUUAAGUGCAUCAGUAGCCGAGAGUGUGUGUGUGUGUGUGUUGUCUAGUGUCUCAGAUACGAACAAAGAAACAAAAGUUCUCUUUGACAACGAAUUUUUUGGAUUAUCUAAUACGCAAUCCGUUUGGGAGAGAAAACUUACGCAUCAAGCAUAACAACAUUUAUAAAUAGCGGACAAAAUACGAAGAAAUCAAAACGAAAAGUGCAGUAUAGAAAAAACAAAAACCGAAGGAAAUCCAAACAAAAUGUGCAACCAAUCAAUGGAGUUGAACCCCUUAAAAAAAAGAGCCAAUAACUAAAAAUAAAGAAGAGUGAAGCGAAGCCGAAGCCGAAGAGACUCUGUCCAAGAACUUGGCAACAUCGCAGCGUUGGUCCGAAAGCGGACUGGCCAAAAAUAAACCGGCAGCAACAUUCGCUUGCAACUAGAUGUUGUUGCUGCUGCUCGCCUUCAUCAUGAGAUUCGUAGACAUUUCCAAACGCUGUGCCGCCUGCUCCAGGGCCGGAAUUGAUUGCCACCACAGCGGCAACAUCAACGGCAACAGCAACAGCAACAGCAACAACAACAGCGAUGCCAAUGGCAACAAUGCCUGCUGGCAACAUGUUGCCGGCGCAACCAGCAACAGCAGCAGCACCAGCAGCGGCUGCGACAGCAACAGCUCCUCCAAGGAGAAUUACUAUGUGCCGCAGCAACAACAACAGCAGCAAUAUCGACAGAGGGCAAAGCCCACCAGCAACAUUGGCGUGACCCCGCAGCAACUGGAGCAAAUACGCUUUUAUCAGCGCAUGCAGCAACAGCAAUUGCAAUUGUUGCAGCAGCAAUUGAUGCAACGCCGUCGCCUGCAGCAGCAAUUGCUCGAACAGGGCGUGCCAUCGACAACAACAACAGCAACAACAACAUCAGCGGGUCUCACCUGCAAUCAACAGUAUUUGCGACAGCUGCGACUGCAACAGCAGCAGCAACAGCAGCGAUAUGUGGACCACAACAGCAACAGCAACAUCAACAAUGACAAUGACUAUCUGAACAACUAUCUGAACAACAACAUUAACCAUCAAAACAAUGGCAAAGUUGUGGGCCAAGGAACAAAACUUCGACGUGGCAUGACAGAAUUCUCAACGAACAACGAUCACAGCAAACCGCAUUUCACCGCAUCUCAGCAGAAACCUCUUCAGAACUCACCCAUCCAUCAGCAGGCAUUCACCCCAUCCAAUCCCAACUCUCAUCCACAUUUGCUUCAACGCUUGGCCCAACAGCAGCAGCAACAGCAACAGCAGCAGCAACACCAACGCCCCCAUAAAUUUCAGCAGACCCUGCCCUUCAGCCAGUUAAGCAACGGCAACAACACGGCUGCCCACAUUCUGCCCGGAUCAUCGCCACAUUCCCCGCUCAGCUAUCGGAAUCCGCUGAACAGUCCCAGCAACUCGCCGUUCAACAACGCGACGCUGACGACGAUCGGCAAGCGGUACCAGCAACAGCAGCUGACCGAUCGCCUGCUGCAGCAGCAACACCUGCAACAGUGCCAGCAGCAACAGUUGCAAUCGCUCGGCAGCGAUGUGGAGGAGGAUGCCACCGGUGAGGAACUGAGCGAGGAGAGUCUCAAGCAGAAUGUGGCCAUUGUGCUGAGCAACUUGGAUCGCUAUAACAACGCGUUGCGCAGCAUUAUCCUGAAUGAGCAGGUGAGCAGCAGCCUCAUCACGCCCAGCGACAGUCUACUGUUUGGCGAGGAUUCGAGCGGGCUGCUCUACUGCGAGAACGACAACACCAGGAAGCAGCAGCACAGUCAGGGCAACAACAACUUUCUCCUGGGCAAGAUGGCGGCCACUCCGGAGUCGGAUUACAACAGCAAUGCGACCACGCCGGGCGGUCGCAGCAACGAGCAGCAGUUGCAGCAGCAACAGCAACUGCAGCAGCAGCAACAGCAACAAAUUGGGGUAGGUGGGAUGCUUUGUGGUGGUGGCGGGAUGCGGGAAACUACUAAUGGCGGUGGCAACAAUCUCAACUGCUCGUUGGCCUCGUCGCAUGACUUUACUCACGACAAUUCCGAUUAUCAGUGGUUCCUGGACUACGGCUAUCGAGAUGGCUGCGGCGGAAUGCAGCGCAGUGUACUGAGUUCCCUUUCGGCCUCGUACAAUGCGAUGGGCGAUCUCAUCUACUACGAAGAUCUGGCCAAGAAUCUGGACGCCAAUCUGGCCGAGGUCGAUAUGGAGAGCUUUCGGGCCGAGGACAUACAUUCCCUGCUCUCGCAGCUGCCUGCCUAUUGCAAGAGUUUGGGCGGGGCCAACAGCCGCCUGCAGCAAUCGCUGCUCCUCCAGCAGCAGCAGCAGCAACAGCAGCACCAGCAGCAGCACCAACAGCAGCUGCAACAGCAACAGUUGCUGCACCACAGCAACAUGUUGCCGCACAACAUGUCCCAGACGUCGACCACCUCCACCAACGAACUGAUCGACAACUCCUUCUGCAAGUCGGAGCUGCUCUUUUCGCCGGUGAGGGAGUCGCACAUCUCGGUGGACUCGCUGGACAUGGACGCCUAUCCGGACGAUGGCGAGAUCAUACUCACCUGCAACAAGGACAACUACACGAUCGCCUUCGAGGGCAGUGUGCUCUACUCGGACGAUAGUUUCUAUGCGGAACCUAGUGACAUAACCACCAGAAACAAACAGAACUGCAUCAACUUGCACAGCAAUCUGGAGGACAUUGUGAAGCGCAACAAGGCCCUGGAGGUAUCCAUGUCGCGUUCGGCCCAGGCCUUCCAGCCACUUUGCCCCAUCUCGCCCAAAAGCCAAGCCAACUCAGCAGCAGCAGCCAAGCUACAACGACGCUCGUUACUCCUUGUUUCGCCCGCCCGCAGGUAUCCCUCGGGAAACAACAACACGGAGACCAUCACCAUCACUAGGCAUCUACCGCAGUGCUCGGUGAGGAAGAGCAGCAGCCUGCCCAAUCUGCAGAGCGAGGAGUCCAUGGCGGGCAGUUGCCUCAAGGAGCAGCAAUCGGAGGAGAGUGGCCAGCAGGCGGUUCCGCUGAACGUCUCCCAGGCGAUCAGCACGUCCACGAUGGAGUCGUGCAAGUCGAGAUCGCGGAAUCUGCUGCCCAUGUGCCAGAUGCCCAUAUCGAUCAGUGUGUCCAUCUCGGAGCGACUGCAGCAGCAGGCGGACCAGCAGCUGCCCCUCCAGCAGAUCACGCCCACAUCUCAGCAGGCGCAGCAGCAGCAGCAUCAGCAGCACCACUCGCACCACCAUCGCCACAAGCACCGCUGCAGCUGCUCGCAGGAGAGCCAGAACUUCCACAUCUCCGGCUCGGCCUCCUCGGGCAACUCCUCCAAUCCGCCGGCCUUCAAUCUAGUCAAGUUGUUCAUCAAGCAGAAGAGCACUAACAGCAGUGGCGGCCAGGAGGAUCUGGGUGCCCAGGCGAGUGCGCACACCUGCAUGGACGUCUCCUCCGGCUGCUGGCCAUCCAGUGAUGCGGCCAGCUCCAGCAGUGGUUCCCUGGAGCAGCGAUUGCGCAAGAAGAGCAUGAAUGACUCGGGCAAGGGAUCGGCAGUGAGUCGACACGACGAGGAGGAGCACUACCCGGAAACGGAGACUCCCAGGCGUCAGUUGAGAGCCCGAUCCGAGGCAGUGUUCUACGAUGACGUGGCCACAUCCAGUUCCACGGGCUCGCUGACGGCCACCAACUCGCCGGCACAUCGUCGCCGCAGCAUGCCGUUGAGGAAUCCUCAGCUGUACCAACUGGCAGCGCAGGUCUCCACCGGCAGUCAGAUGUCCUCGGAGGCGAGCUCGGAGCAGUUGACCCAGGUGCCAAGGCGAGCGGAAGCGGGCUGCGGGUCGAGCACCCGUCCGCUGUCGUGCGCCUCCAGUUCGGAGAUGAUCACACGCUCCAUGCAGACCUCCUGCGGAUCGCUGAGCACCACGCGGAGCAGCCUGAGCGAUCGGUAUCGCUGUGUGCCGCCCUCGUUCCUCGAGAAGCUCAACAACCUGGGCGAGCAGCGGCAGGCGCCCAUCUACGUGAUCUAUCCGAACUACGCCCUGCCCGAUUUGGGUUUCGUCAAGACCAAUGCCAGCACCGAGGUGAUCUUCUCGCCCUUCAACUACAAGAUGACGCUGGAUGGGGCAGCCGGUAGCACCAGCAGCUCAGGAUCCCUGAAGAAGCAGCGCAGCAGCAGCCAGAGCGCCAGCGAAGAUGAGAUCCUCAAGACGCUGGACUACAAGCACAUCGCCGACUGGCAGUCGUUGGCCACUCUGCUGCCGACGGAGUACCGCCGUCGGUUGCAGCACAUUCCGGAGGUGAAGCAUCUGGUGCGGCAGCUGGAUGCGGAGCUAUCGCAGCGACCGCUCUUCUGCAUGUCGCCACCGCUUCGCCGGAAUCGCACGCACAUCUGCGACUGCGCCAAGUACUUCCAGGGACAGCAGCAGACCCAGAUGGACGAGGCCUCCAGCUCGGGAUCCAGCCAGCAGCCCAGCUCCGGCUAUCGUGGCUCGUCCACGCUGCUCACCGACUCCGAGCUGGAUGUGGAUCCGCUCAAGCAGAUGUACGUGUACCAGUACGAUCAGCAGCGUAUGGAUUCCGGCGUGGAGACGAGUCCCGGCAGUCAGACCCAAACCCAAACCCAAACCCCGCCGCAGCCCAUGCCGAGGAGCAUCCUGCGCAAGGCUCACUCCGCGCAGUCGCGCUCCAAGCGCAAUUCCAUGAUCGAGGCCCAGCAGACGCAGAAGCUGACCAAGCUGGAGAAGCGUCGCAGUCUGCAGGAGCCACCGCACAACUACGGCUUGGGAUCCAAUGACGAGCUGGCGGAUGUGUUCGAGGAGGAGGAGCACAGCCAGCAGGCGCAGCCGGUGAAGCAGAGGCUCUCGCGCAAGGAUCUGGAUGCCAGGGCACGGGCGGAGAACUUCCUGGCCUCGUUGCCGCGCUCCGAGCUCAAGUAUUACGCCGAAAUCGCGUCCAUUCUCGAGUCUUCCGGCGAGCAGGUGACCUACGAUGCUGCCGCCCUCAAGAAGGAGGUUAGCCGGGUGCUCAGCCAGCAGAAGAAGGUGUCCUUCAAUGACGAGGGCGUGGCGGCCGGACUGCAACAACAUGCCAAACGCUUUGCCACGCCUCCGAAUUCACCCAACAUCUCGGUGGCACUCAAACGGGAAACAGUGGAUGCAAUAGAGCAGCGGAAGAUCGAGAGCAAUCGCUUCAAGCGCCUGCAGAUCCAAUGGGAGCUGAUGAGCAAGGACUCGAGCAUGCUGAAGGAGCUGGCCAGCGAGGCGGCCACCAAGAGCGGGGGCUCCACGCCCACCUCGGCCAACUCGACGGGUUCCAAUUCGGCGCCCAGGUCAAGGAUUCCAAGGCCAGUGAGCUACCCAGCGGGAAGAAGUUCCACGCCCACCUCGUCACGCACUGCCCCCGUUAUGGCCACGCCCUCACCGGCUCGGCCCGCCACCCCCAAGACUGUCACUAAAAGCCACAACAAACCCGGUCUUUUUACCUCCCCCCGCCCAAACAGACUCACCAGCGCCCAGGAAGCCGCCGGCGGAGCCAAGGUCAGCACCCGAUCGCCCAGCAGGAUGGUGCAGCCGAAGCGUUACAGCCUGGCCGGCACGACCACGCCCACAUCCGCAACACCAGCUUCGGCCAGGGCGCGAACGCCCACCAAUCGAGUGGCGGUUACGGCGCCAAAUACGCCCAAACGUCAGGCGGUUGCCCAGUCGCCCAGACCCACCUCGCGAGUGCGUUAAGCGUCCACACGAGUCCAAGCGUCCAAGUCAUCCCAAUUAGUCAACGGCAGACAACAGACAGCAAACCCCACUCAAAAAAAAAAAAAACAACUCGAGAAACAAAAAAGAAAACAACAAAAACAUAUUCAGCAAGCAAAAAAAAAAAAAACAAUGCAACAUUGUAAAAUUCUAGACUAAGGCUUUGUGUGCGGCUCGAUUGCUUAGUUACUGUUGGCCCGGAAAGUGAUAUUUAGAUGGGAGAGCAGGGAUCAGGAAUCAGGGAGCGAGAACUGAUAGCGAGAUGUGCUGGUAUCUUUUGAUUGAUUUCGUUGUUCUAAUUUGCGGUAGAGCAGAUGUCUACGAGAAGUAGCUAAAUUUUCUUUUUUUACCAAGUAUACAUAAUGAAAUCUAUACAUAUGCCAAGUACGCGUAAAUUAAACAAAUAUUUUGAUGUAUAUACACACGCAUACAGAUAUAUAUAUAUAUAUAUUUAAACGCGUAGACUCGCUUUUCCACUAGCUACUCAAAAUGAUAUGACAAACGAUAACUUUGCUACCCACUGGAAGAUUGAUAAAGUGUAUAAAAUAUUUUCUAUACCCUAUGCAAGACGGCAUAUACAGUCAAUACUCGAGCAGCAACCACAAAUUAGUGGCCUACGAUACACAAAUUACUUGAAUCAUACCGAGCAGGGCGAAAUAAUAAGAUAUAUUGGAUACCCAUAUACAAUAAAUGAAAGCUCAAGAGCGGAUCCAAUUGAUAUUACGCCCCGGGUGCAUUAGACUAAAUCAUUUUUGUUGCUUUUUCCAAGCUCACGCUGAUCCUCUCCCACAAAGGAAAAAUCGUGGAAAGUUAAGGAAAGAAUUUUCCAUAUGGCCUUUAAUUCAUUAGCGAUUGGUUACUGAAUGCUAUGCAGUUUUGAUUUGGAUUUGAAUUUGGAUUAACUCGCAAGCUUAACUUUUGGUUGCGUUUUAUGCUGAGACUUUCUUUUGUUUAUAACGAGCUUAAGCUGUUGAGCCCAGGCUCAAAGUGAUUUCAAAUUGUACGAUAUAUGUUUACAGCUAUACCUACUUUUACUCUUACUAUUUCAUUUGUAUCUAUUUAAUACCUAUCACUCUGUCUAUGACAUAACUCUAUUUGGUUAUUUAACUGCUGGAAGACAUCGUCUAAUUUGUAAGCCUUAAGUCAAACACUUUUCUAUCUUUAAUUGUAUAGCUACUCUUAUCGUAUUAUGUACAAGCGGAAGAAACACAUAUUAUAGAUUUGCGGGAGAAUUUAUCACCAAAUGGAUAUGCGGGAGUAUAUUAUGUAUUAAACCGAAAGUAAAAAAUGUAUAAAAAUACAAAAACAAUAAAAAUAUUAAUAAACAAGCAAAAAGUAUUACAAAAAUAAA